GUCUCAGUUUGACAGUUACAUACAGCUGUUUUCUCCAACAUGGGCGUCUUUUAUCAGGAAGAGCAGCCCCGUCAAUCCAAGAGAUGCAAGUUCCUGGCAACGGUUCUGAGGGAAGCAUUUUCGAAUUGCCAUGGACGACGCUCAGAUUCUGGUCUCGAGGAGGAAUAUUCAACAAGUGCCAUUGAUGAUGAAUCCCAAGUAGUUGUUUCUGAAAUUCGAAGUCGAGCAAUGGAGAAGAUGAAGCGCAGGCCGAGUCAAAUUUCGGAAAGCCUUUCGUGGGUGCUAUCUCCAUCAACAAACGAGCUUUAUAUAACCUCAAAGCAAGGCAAACGAGGAGACGAAGAUGAUAAAGAAGAUGAAUUCUUUUCUAUUGGAAGUUGCUUUUCCUUGAAUUCAAGUGCUGCAAGCAAGGAAGCAUUUGUAUCGGCUAAGAGGGAUUUUUCCCGGUGUUCAAGCUUGAACAAGAUUGAUUUCCCAGAGAUAUGGAAGUUAGAUUUGCAGGAUUUUGGAAGGCGGUCAAUCAUUCAUGAAUUGUGUCAUUGUGAAGGGUGGCCAUUUGGGUUGUGUAAGAAAACUGUGUUACUCCCACCUCUGCCUAAAUCUCCUGCUGAGUCUUGGUCUUGGCGUAAAGGCAGUGGAUUGAGAUUAGCUAAGACGCCUUUGAUUUAA